AUGGGUAUUGGUUUCAUGCUCGAUCCAGCAAUGGAUCUCGACGACUUUGAAGGUUGCGAUGAUGACAACCUAACAGCCGAAGCUCUUAAGUUCAAGAGUGUGAAGCGGCGUGCAGAAGUUGUCUUCGCAAUUCCUACGUCGCCAGCGGCCAGCGAGCGAGCAUGGAGUGUAUUUAAACAUAUACACUCCAAGAGACGAUGCAGACUCUCGGUUGAUAAGGUCGAAAUGCUGGCCUACAUCUACAUCAACCACGGCACCAUUAGCAAAGAUAAGGUAGAUCUUGCGCGUCAUCGAUCGCGACCCGAUAGUGUAAUUAAAUAA